AUGAAGUUCGCUUCUUCGGCGCUCGGCGCCCUGAGCGCUUCGGCUCUGUUGUUCUCUGGUGCAGGCGCCAUGGACUUGAAUCUAGACGAUCCAGCCUCCAUCAAAAAGGCUGCGGGCAUUGCUGCGGCAGGCAUGCGCAAGUUGUACACGGGCGAUCGACCUGGUGAUGUCGCGGGUAACUUGCCAGACCCAUACUACUGGUGGGAGGCUGGUGCGAUGUUCGGUGCUCUGAUUGAUUACUGGUACUACACGGGCGAUGAUCAAUACAACAACAUCACCGUACAAGCCAUGCAGCACCAGAUCGGACAGUACAACGCCUUUAUGCCGACCAACCAGAGUAAAUCACUAGGAAAUGACGACCAGGCCUUCUGGGGUAUGGCUGCCAUGUCGGCGGCAGAGAACAAAUUACCCGAUCUACCCACCACGGGUGACUUGGCGGGACCCUCAUGGCUAGCACUGGCACAAGCUGUCUUCAACACCCAGGCUGGUCGAUGGAACGACAAGACUUGUGGCGGCGGACUAAACUGGCAAAUCUACCAGUUCAACAAUGGAUACACUUACCGAAACACCAUCUCAAACGGAUGCUACUUCAACAUUGCUGCCCGCCUUUUCAAAUACACCGGCAACGACACCUAUAGCAAGGAGGCAAUCAAGACCUGGAACUGGGAAUCUCGCAUCGGUCUAUUCGAUAAGGAUCUUCACUUCUACGAUGGUAGCGAUGAGACCAAGAACUGCACUGAUAUCAACCAAAUUCAGUGGACCUACAACUUGGGUGUGCAUCUGUCUGGCGCUGCUGCCAUGUGGAAUGCCACACAAGAUGACAUCUGGAAGACCAGGAUCACCCAAAUGAUUAAGACAAUGGGUGAUACGUUCUUCAAGAACGACGUUAUGUAUGAAGUCGCGUGCGAGCUCAACGGCAAGUGCAACACCGACCAAAGAUCGUUCAAGGCCUACCUCGCUCGCUGGAUGGGAUACACCAUGCUCGUCGCUCCCUGGACGAAGGACUUGAUGUGGACAAAGAUUCGGACUUCCGCAGCCGCAGCCGCAAAGCAGUGUAACGCCGCCGGAACCAACCAAUGCGGCCUUCGCUGGUGGCAAGACGGUGUGAAUGACGGUUCCACUGGUGUCGGAGAGCAGAUGGCCGCCAUGGAGAUCAUUCAGAAUCUUUUGAUCACGAACGUCUCUGGACCGGUCACCGAGACGAAGGGCGGCACCUCAAAGAGCGACCCCUCUGCAGGAGGCGAAGCCGAGAAUGACCCCAUCGUAUUCUCUGAGAUCACCACUGGUGACAAGGCUGGAGCUGGCUUCCUGACUACCAUUGUCCUUAUUGGUAUCCUCGCGGGUGCAUGGUGGAUGGUUUCGAACUGA